GACAGCUGCUAACAGACACUGCAAUGAGUAAAUACAACUUCAUCUGCUUCUGAGAUAUAUUUGACUAACGGAGGCGAUUCUGAAGUCAUCAGGAUGGUUUGGUUCCUCUAAAUGUGAUGAAGCUCACUAGAGGGACUUAAUCGGAAAGAGGAAGUUAAAUCAUGCUGGUUUACCAUGAUAUGAUGCAGACUGUGUGUGUGUGUCCUGAUCUCAUUAUUUAUCAUUCAGGCUGGAGCACGUUGUAUUGCUGAAGUUUGUCGGAAUGGCUGCUUCUAUUUUGAUCUUCCUGCUCAUGAUUCAUGGUGUUUCUAGUGCUGGUUGGGGUGUGAGUUACAGACAUUCACACAUCUGUGCACUAAAGGACUCAUCAGUGACAUUCUACUGCACUUACACAUACCCUACUGGAUAUGAGAUCAAGAAAGUGUUCUGGACCAAAACACUUGUUAAAGAUGGAAGUAAAGAAUCAAGUGAAGAAGGAGAGCAACAUAAAGAUCUGUCUGAGGACCCUGAAUACAGUCAGAGGCUUCAGUAUCUGGGAAACAAACAGAAGAACUGCACCAUCAGACUGAGUCAUGUGACACAGAAGGAUUCACAGAUGUAUUUCAGAUUCAUCACUGAUGAUGAUGAUGAUGAUAGCCAGGAACAGACUAGUGAUCCUGGAGUGUCUCUUACUGUCACAGAUCUUCAGGUGGAGUCUCCUGAGACAGUGAAAGAGGGAGAUCCAGUCCGUCUGACAUGUAAAAGCAGCUGUGAUCUGACUGACAGAGCAACAUUCAUCUGGUACAGAAACUCACAGCCAUUAACUGAGAGAAGAGACAGAAACAAUCAACUCCUGCUGCAGUCAGUCAGAAGAGAGGAUGCAGGCAGAUACAGCUGUGCUCUACAGGGACACACUUACAUCUCUCCUGCUGUUCAGCUCACUGUCACCUAUCCACCACAGAGCGUCUCAGUGUCCAUCAAUCCAUCUGGUGAAAUAGUGGAGGGAGAUUCAGUGACUCUGAUCUGCAGCAGUGAUUCAAACCCUCCUGCAGAAUUCAGAUGGUUUAAAGGAAGAACGAUUGUAGGAUCUGGAAGAAUCUACAGCAUCUCAAAGAUCAGCUCUGAUCACAGUGGAGAAUACAAGUGCAAGUCCAGAAACAAACAUGGAGAGAAAUACUCUGAUACUGUGACUUUAAAUGUUAUGUACCCUCCAAAAACAAUCUCAGUGUUCAUAAAUGGAUCCGCUGAAAUAGUGGAAGGAGAUUCAGUGACUCUGAUCUGCAGCAGUGACUCAAACCCUCCUGCUCUGAACUUCAUCUGGUUUAAGGAGAAUCAAAGCUCCUCUGUUGGAUCUGGACAGAGUUUCAGUGCACUACAGAGUGGACGCUUCUACUGUGAAGCUCACAAUCAACACGGAUCUCAGAGAUCAGAUGCUGUUACUGUCACUGUUAAAGACCCACCAAAGAAUGUCACAGUGUUCAUAAAUGGAUCUGGUGAAAUAGUGGAGGGAGAUUCAGUGACUCUGAUCUGCAGCAGUGAUUCAAACCCUCUUCCAGAAAUGAGCUGGUUUAAAGGAAGAAUGUUUGUAGGAUCUGGAAGAAUCUACAGCAUCUCAAACAUCACUUCUGAUGAUAGUAAAAAAUACAAGUGCAAGUCCAUCAAUGAACAUGGAGAGAAACACUCUGAUGCUGUGAAUUUAAACAUCAUGUACUCUCCCAGAAGUGUCACAGUGUCCAUCAUUCAGCCUGGUCAGUUUUUGGAAGGAGAUUCAGUGACUCUGAUCUGCAGCAGUGAUUCAAACCCUCCUGCUCUGAACUUCAGCUGGUUUAAGGAGAAUCAAAGCUCCUCUGUUGGAUCUGGACAGAGUUUCAGUGCACAACAGAGUGGACGCUUCUACUGUGAAGCUCACAAUCAACACGGAUCUCAGAGAUCAGAUGCUGUUUCUGUCACUGUUAAAGGACGUCUGAUGAUAUUACACAUAUCUAUGGUUUGUGGAGCUUGUGGAGCUGCAGUUUUCAUCACCACGAUGCUGAUUUUAUGGUUAAAAAACAGAAAUUGUGCACACAGUACUCAGAUGUAUCAUGAUGGCCAAGCUUGCGAUGUUGAAAUGACUGAUCCUCUGUAUGAGAAUUUAACUGAUGCUCAACAUGGAUCUAAUAUCUGUAAACCUGAACCGAACUCUUCUGUGUAUGAAAAUAUUCCAGUAAGUACAUAGACACCAAAACACAAUCUAGUAUCCUUUCCUAAUGACUGUUCUCAUUAUUUUAAUGUCAUUAAUUUUUUUUUUUCUUACUUUUUUAUUUUCUUAUGAAGACGAAGAAGAUGUAGUGUUUUGGAACCACAGAAAGUUUUACAGCUUUUAUAAAUCUCUUUGUGGAUAUAGACCUGGAGAUUUCAUGAUAUGGUUGAAGUAAUUUGCAGAUCAUAUGAGUUCAAAUAGCAGUUAAAAGUUAAUGAGUUGUAAAAGUGUCUAAUCACUUAACCCUUUGGUAUUGUUCAUUUUGGAGUAGCACUUAUGUUGUCCGUGGUCAAAAGUAAACAGACACCCAAAAUGUAACAACAUUUUUUUUUUUUUUCAGUAAAAUCAAUGUAAUAUAUUUUUGUUCAAUUUAGGUUUUUUUAUGUUGAUUUGAAAUAUCAGUUUUGGAUUAACAUGAACACAGAGAAAGACAUUUUAUUACACAUAAUAUUAAAGUAAAAAAAAUAUAUAUAUAUAUAUUCAACCUCUUAUUUGAGUUAUGGCUC